AGGAAGCAAAGUGACGCAGCCUAGCUUGUGUUGUCUCUUUCAAAACGUGCCUUAAAACUUAAUCAGACAGUUUUUCCUUCUUCUUUUUAAGAGCUGAAUAAGUGUUGGCAGUGUUUAACAUGGGCCUAGAAGCCUGGUACAUGGAUAGUUCUGACGAGGACCAAAGGAAGCCACACAGGCUGAAUCCAAACCAGCCUGUUUCUUUGGACGAGUUAAAGGAGAUUGGAGUUCUCUACUGGAAGCUGAAUGCUGAUAUUUAUGAAACAGACCCAGAGCUGGAGAGGAUUCGCAAAGAACAAGGCUACUCGUACAUGGACAUUAUUACAAUUCACAAGGACACGCUACCCAACUAUGAGGAAAAGGUAAUCUGUGUGCUCCACGAGCAUUUACACCUGGACGAUGAGAUUCGCUACAUCCUGGACGGCCAGGCCUACUUCGAUGUCCGGGACAAGGAGGACAGAUGGAUCCGAAUCGCCAUGAAGAAGGGCGACCUGAUCACGCUGCCGGCUGGCAUCUACCACCGCUUCACGCUGGAUGAGACGAACUACACCAAAGCCAUGCGUCUGUUUGUGGGCGAGCCGGUGUGGAAGGCCUACAACCGUCCAGCUGACGACUUUGACAUCCGUCACAAAUACGUGGCUUCACUGCAGGGGUCCUGAGGAGAAAACUCUUAAAACUAUCAAACCAAACAAUCUAAAAUUCUGAGGAACACUAAAUAGGUUUACAAGUUGAUGUGGAAAGUUUUGAAUUUAUAAAAACUGACAGAUGAAAUAAUGGACUGCUUCUAACAGAGCUCAUAAAUACAUUAGAAAUGCA